CGCAUUUAUAAGCUGGAAAGGCGCGAAAAGCUAAUACAAGUGAUGUACUUUCAGAAUGCUGCUUCUCUGGCAGGUCUCGGUCGUUUGAACCACGUUGCUAUUGCUACUCCCGAUCUCGACAAAGCUUCAGCUUUCUACAAAAACCUGGGCGCAAAAGUUAGCGAGAAAGUGCCACAGGAAGAGCAUGGUGUUUAUACAGUAUUCGUCGAGUUGCCAAAUACAAAAUUGGAACUGUUGUAUCCACUAGGAGAGAAAAGUCCAAUCCAGGGAUUUCUGGAGAAAAAUAAAAUGGGCGGCAUGCAUCACAUUUGCAUCGAAGUGAAGGAUAUCAAUCAGGCUGUUGAAGAAGUAAAGAAACAGGGAAUCCGGACAUUAUCGAAAGAGGCCAGAAUUGGGGCGCACGGGAAACCGGUGAUGUUCCUUCAUCCAAAAGAUUGUGGCGGUGUGUUGAUCGAACUUGAACAAGAAUGA